AUGAUCGUCGAUCAUGUGCUGUCGAAUCUGGCAAUUUUCGGAGAGGAGCGUCAUCUAGACGAUCCAUCUUACGUUUCGAAUUCAAAGAUUAUGUCGCAGAACACGCUGUUCAAGUAUUUUUCUAAAGUAAAAACUCCGGCCAAAAGUGCAGCUUUUUCGCGAACGUCGAGCGAGGGUGAUAUACCGAAGCCAUUACCCAAGCCGGACGAUCAACCAUCAAAGUCGAAAUCACCGGAGAAGAAGCGUCAGCAUACCCCGGAGAGAAAACACCAUCAGAGUCCGGAGAAGAAGCACCGCCACAGUGCGGAGAAGAGACAGCGACACAGCUCAGACAAGAAACGUCAGCAUUGCUCUGAUAAGAAAAAAAAGUCUAUCGAUGAAUCUGGUUUUGAUGUGGGCGACCUCGUAUGGGGUAAAUUGGAAGGUUAUCCGUGGUGGCCUGCAAUUGUCGUGCCUCAUCCAACAGCAGGGGCUCAUUAUCGGCGGGGUGAGCUUCAUGUACAGUUUUUUGAAGAAAAGCCAUCUCGAGCGUGGGUGAAGUACAGAUUCGUACAGCGUUUCAUUGGUGAUGUGACUGGGCCUGUCACCUCUGUUCCUGAUCCAGCUUGGAAGAAAGCUUUGGCGGAAGCUAACGAUGCUCUGUCUAAGACUAAAAAACAAAGAGAGGAGCUCAUGCGAGAAUUUCCUCCGUCGGACGAUGAAAACGGUGAUGAUAUUCCUUCUGGAGAAAGUGAUCAGAGCAAGGAAAAUGUGGAAACAAGCCAUGAUGUCAAACGCAAGCGACCCACAUCAAGAAAGUCUCCUUCCGCGAAAUCUCCUCCCCUGAAACGAGCUCGUAUUCACGUAUCGGAUGAUGAGGAUGAUGGCGACUUCAAAGUAGAUGAAGAUUCCGGUGACGAGUUCAAACCUCCUCCAGACACUGCUGAAGAAUCUGAUGAUUCCGUGAGCUCAGGAGUUCCGGAGGAAAAUCUCAGCGCUGCCGAAGAAUCUCCUGCGAAGCUGGUGGAAAAACCCAGCAUUGUCAAGCUUUCUCAAGAAGAAGGGAAAACUCCAAAAGGUGUCGCAGGAUGUCAUACUCCAAAGUCUGCUAUACGGACUCCCACUUCGUUAACACCGUCCUCUCAUAUAUUUUCCUCAAAGCGGAAUUCCGCCGUCAAAUCUUUCAGCAUGUUCGCUGCCGAGGAUGAUGAUUCAGGAGUGUCAUCUGUUAAUUGUUCACCUGGCGACGAAAUUUGGGAACAUUUGAAGGUAGACUUCUUGAAGCCCGAAAAUAUUCGAGAUCGGUCGGGACGGAGGCCGGAUGAUCCUAACUACGACCCCCGAACUCUGAAAGUGCCCCAAAAGUAUCUUGAUCAACUGUCCCCGGGCAUGCGACAAUGGUGGCAAUUCAAAUCUGAACAUUUUGACGUGGUGCUGUUUUUCAAAGUCGGAAAAUUUUAUGAGCUCUACCACAUGGAUGCGACAGUUGGUGUGAAUGAGCUUAAUUUGCUGUACAUGAAGGGAAAAUUUGCGCAUUCCGGCUUCCCCGAAAUUUCGUAUGGCAGGUUUGCUGAUCGUCUCCUGACGAAAGGCUACAAAGUUGCCAGAAUUGAGCAAACUGAAACACCAGAGCAGAAUAAAGAACGAUGCUCGAAGAUGGGAAGGUCCUGCACGAAAUGGGACAAAGUGGUUCGAAGAGAGCUCUGUCGUAUCACUACACCAGCCACACGAUUGAUGAGCUUUCAGGAUGAAAAUGUGGGGGUUCCGCAGCCAAAAUUUCUCUUGGCCCUCUGUCAAAAGAUGAUUGAUGGUCCGGGGGAAAACAUCGAGUUGGGAGUGGCAUUCGCGGACACUUCAGUUGGUCGAGUGCUGAUUGGGCAAUUCAUCGAUGACCGCUGUUGUUCAAGAUUACGCACAAUGAUGGCGCAUUAUGUACCUGCUACAAUUCUUUUGGAGCGCGGGAAGUCUGUUCCAGCAAUAACUGAGGCGUUGAAGCAUGUCCCUGCAGAAAAAGAACUUUUGGCAUCCGACGCUGAGUUCAUGACGGCAAAAAAAACCCUCAAAACAUUAUCCGAGAAUUCUUAUUUUGUACCAGAAGGCGGGGGAGGAACCGCGGUGUAUCCUGCUGCCUUGAGAAAUUACAUAGAGGAUGUGGAUGGUCUGGCAUUGACUCCGAAAUCAGAAAAAGAUCUGGCUUUGCGUUCUCUGGGUGCGGUUUUGUUUUAUUUAAAAGACUGUCUCAUUGAUGAUGAUGUCAUCUCAAUGGGUCAAUUUGACGAAUACGAACCAGUUGAUUGGACAGCAACAGAGGAUGAUACAGAAAAAGUGUCGGUACCUGCUCAUAUUGCUCAUGCGAGGCAUCUGGUGUUGGAUGGUGUUACCUUGAACAAUCUGGACGUAUUGGUCAGCAAUAUCACUGGAACUGAGAAAGGCACUCUCAUUGAGCAAGUUGAUCAUUGCUGCACUCCCUUCGGGAAAAGGUUGCUUAGAGACUGGUUGUGCCGUCCGCUUUGUGACAUUGAUGCAAUCAACGAACGGCUCGACGCUGUCGAAGAACUGCUGUCGCGCAGGGAUCUCGUACUGCUUUUUAGAGAGCGUCUGCGCUGUAUGCCCGACUUUCAACGCCUGCUACCGAAGCUGCACUCCGAAGGAUCUAGUCGACGAACUAAGAGCCAUCCUGACUCCAGAGCUGUAUUGUUCGAAAUGCAUAAGUACUCAAAAAGGAAGAUUGAAUGUUUUUUGCGAGUGCUUGAUGGCUUCAAAUCCGUAAUGACUCUGCAAGAAGAAGCUCUUGUUCUAACCAAUGGCAGUUCCAAGCUGCUCCAGGAACUACUAACUCCAACGGAAAAAAGCGGCAAAUUUCCAUGCCUGAAGCCAAUCCUCGACUUCUUUGAUGAGGCAUUUGAUCAUGGAGAGGCGAGAAAAAAUGGCAAUGUUGUACCUGGGAGAGCAGGUGUCGAUGAAAACUACGACAAUGCGAAAAAUUGGUUGAAUAAAAAUGCGAUGGAACGUGAGAAGUACUUGAAGGAGCAAAGCCAGCUUUUUGGUUGCAAGGUGGUUUUCGUGGGCACUGGAAGAAAUCGCUUCCAGAUGGAAGUGACGGAAACUGCUGCUACGCGUGCGAGUAAGAAACACGAGUUGUCGGGACAGCGAAAGGGAUACAGACGCUUCGUCACUGCAGAAACGAAACGGUUCCUCUCAGAAGAAAUGAAGGCAGAAGAUGCCCACGAAGCUGCUCUUCAAGAUAUUGGUCGCAGUAUAAUGGGAAAGUUCGAUUCACAUUUUCAUGAAUGGGCUGUUGCUGUUGAAUGCAUCGCGUUCCUCGAUGUGCUGAUGUCGUUCGCACUAUAUGCGGAAUCACAACUUCAUGGUUAUGCCAGACCAGAGAUUGUUGCUCCAUCACAGAAUCAAUCGCCUUUUAUUCACAUCGUGAAAGGACGACAUCCUUGCUUAAGUGAAAGUGCGAUUCCGAAUGAUAUUAACCUUGGUGGCGAAUUGCCGCCAUUGAACCUUUUGACCGGGCCGAAUAUGGGUGGCAAGUCUACGUUCAUGCGGCAGGCAGGACUGUUCGUCAUUCUUUCGCAAAUCGGUUGCUUCGUUCCCGCUGAAUCUUGUCGUCUGACAUCCGUGGAUCGCAUUUUCACGAGGAUUGGUGCGUCAGAUUCUAUUGUGAAAGGUGAAAGCACGUUUUACGUGGAGCUUUCAGAGGCUUCUGCCAUCUUAAAACACGCCUCGCCCUACUCCGUUGUCUUGGUCGACGAAUUAGGAAGAGGAACGGCAACGUUUGAUGGUGUAGCGAUUGCCGGGGCUGUGGUUAAAGCGCUUUGCAACCGUGGUUCGUUGAGCAUUUUUUCGACACAUUACCAUAACCUGGUGGACGAGCUGGGUUCGCACGAGAAAAUCGCUCUGACCCAUAUGGCUUGCAUGGUUGAAAGAAACCAGGAUGAUAUUGAAGAUCCUACCGAGGACAUGAUAACGUUUCUCUACACCAACGAAUCGGGAUCCUGUCCGAAAUCCUAUGGUUUCAAUGUUGCCAAACUCGCGGGACUUCCCGAUGAGAUUAUACGUACUGGCCAUCGUCGGGCCAUGGACUUCGAAGAAGACAUGGGAAAUGAAGAUUCCUUUGUCCAGCUGCUCUCCAGCAGCAACGCGGAAGAUUUCUGCACGGGUUUCGAAGUACUUGUUUGCGGAUAACUGAACAAGCUUAAUUUUCUGGUUGAAGCGGAAAUGUAGUUCUGCGGCAUUUUGACAGGUUUUCUGCAUUCGUUCCGGGUUCUCUUUUUUUAUUCCGAGUUUUUAUAUGUCUAUUUUCUCCCCUCCCAUUUUCUUCUUGAAAGCUUCGCACUUCGGAAGGUUGUUGUGAAGAAAAAGAAAUGGAAGUUUCCGACUUGCGAAAGAAGAAAACUCCUGACAUUUUUUUCGUCACAUGGAUGGAACUUCUUUGCUUUCAUUUCAGUAUAAAAGCAGAUGAUGGC